GAAUUAAAUUUUUCUAAGAGCUGUCGAGAAAUGAUAAUGUAUUUUACAUUUUUUGCAUUGACAACUAAUGUUGGCAUAUUUAAAUGUAAACUGUAAGAGACGGCUCACUUACAGUUAGAGAUCACUUUACAGUGUUUAAUCCAUAUGUCAUGGAUCAAUUACACCCAACAUACAUAGCAUUAAAUUUACAUUAUUUCUGCUAUAUGUAUUGUGCUACUAGUUAGAUGACACGAUACGCUUACACGUCUACCAGAUAACAGAUUUUGCUCGUUUUUUUUACAUGAAUGUGGUAUCAAAUUACUUCCCUCAGAUUGUGGUGUCAAAAUUGCUGGUGCAUUAUAUAUAAUAUUUAAUGCCAACUUGGCGACAAAGUGCUGGCUAAUUCUUUACCGAGAUUAUAUUUCAUUUUUCUCAGAAAAUAUCAUGUCCCAUUACGCAUCAAAUUGGAAGAAUAAUAUAGAUAUCAAAAGGGUAAAUGUAGGAGAGGAUCAUGUUGAUUUUAUCCAUCAAUCACAUAUGUGCAAAAGCGGAUUUCAACUUGGCCAGCUUCACUCUCUAGAUUCUCCGGAAAUAUAUUCCAAGGAGGAUAUUAUAAGACGAGAAAUUUCUUGUGAUUAUAAUAUAAAUGGAUUGCCUACUAUAUUUAUAGACUACAAGAUAGAAAAACGUAUACUCGUCAGAGACAGUUUCAGUAUUUCAAAAUCUUCAUACCUGCAAGGAGCAGAUUAUAUUAAUUCAUCAGGUCGCACAUACUUAGAGAACAUCCGUUAUAAUUAUGUUGAUUUCAAGUUUAAACAAACUGUAUAUCCAAUUAGGGUUUCUAUAUAUGAAACACAGAAUCCUGGUAAAGUUAUUGAAAUUUGGACGCGAGAUUCUGAUCGGUGGUUUUUAUUAUGGACUGGAGGAAAACAAUUUGUCCACUGUAAAUCACGACUGUUUUCCCCGGCUUUACGGGCCUGUGACUUUAAAACUAAAAUGCUCAGAUUAAUAUUUCCGUAUAACGCUAAGAGAAUACAGAUAGAUGCUGUAGAGCUCAUCGGAACAUCAGAAUUAAUUCAACCUAAAGAUCCUAAACAGAGUUUAACUGAUCUAUUAAAAGAUAUUAAUCGCAGCUAUCCUGACCGUGAGGAUAUAUAUAAUUUAACACCAGAUUACAAAACUGCGAACUUGGAUAUAUAUCAACUUAAACACAAAUUUUCCGACUAUUGUAUUAUUCGAAAAAGCAAUUUACAUUUAAAUAAUGGAAAAUUGAAAGGCAUCACACCCUCUCCAAGUGAAUUCAAGGAGCAACCACGUUGUGGUUUUUCUAUACUUCCUGUAAAAUAUUCAACACAUAUUUAAAGAAGUUUCUUUCUUAUAACAAUAUUUAUUAUA